AUGUCGACCCAACACGAGCCCAUCAGCAACGACCUGAUCUGGGAGGUCACCCGUACGUUUUCCACCAACCUGAGAUUCCGCACCGGGAGGGAUUUCAAGAUCAAAACGACCAAUGGCUAAUAAUAUGAAUUGGCGCAUGUGACAACAGGCAACAACAACUCCUUCCUCGUCAAGAGAAAGCAGGCUGGCGGUGUCCAAUUCUCCCGCGACCCAUACAACCUCACCAACAAGCACGCCCGCAAGUACGAGGGCUACUGCAAUGACCAGGUACUUCCUUCCAUCCAACCAACAAGCCCCAAACAACCCUCAAGACCCUCUCUCUCUCUCUAAUAUCUCCCCACCCACCUCACUUCCUCACUCACGUACUGACACAUUCCCCCUCACUAUCCAGGCCAUCUCCAUCCAGCCCGACUCCAACACCGUAGCCAUCACCACAAAGCUCCCGAAGCGCUGGAACCAGCCCGCAAAGUCCACCCACACCACCUCUUUCAACGCUUCCACCCCGACCCGCAAGCUCUACAAGUCCGUCGUCAACAGCACCGCCAAGAAGGGCUACCGUCCGGAUCUCCGUGCGGAGACCGUCGCGCGCGCCUCGGCUGUGAGGCAGAGCCAGCGGGAGAACAAGAAGGAGCGUGAGGCCAAGUUGAGGGGUCGCAAGGCGAGAAAGAACCAGGCUGACAAGGAGGCCAGCUCGUAG